AUGAAGCUUGGACUGUCUCGACUGUACGAACUACAACCGGAUCCGUACGACUGCUCGCAAAAGAAUAAUUUACGGGUGUGUUUAUUUGCGGACGUGAAGAAUAGUGCUGAGCUGAGGGAUGGACUGAGGGGGGGUCGAUUCGAGGCCGCGUUGGUCAGACCUGAAUUGAUUCUCGAGACAUUUAUAGUGUUAGCAGCAGCGAAUCGAGCCCUGCAUCAGGCUGCACACAAUCGACUGUCAACACGUUCACUUCAUGCGGAACUCAUUUAUUCGUUAUCACCGAAUAGAAAUGUUAUUUAUUUUUAUUAUAUUUUAUUGUUUUUAUUAUUUUUGUUAUUUAUUAUUAUUAUUUAUAUUAUUUACUAUUUAUAA